UCAAUCGCAACUCAUUGAUGUACCUUCUGGUGGGGGACGCAGAUAAUAAUAUCCUCCUCUACGAGAAAUACAGUCACUCGUACCUCAUGGAAAACCCGACCGUCUUUCGUUUUAUCGAUUUCCAAGAAAACAGCCUGCGAGACAUCGAAGCACACUUUAUUAGCGAAGACUGGGGUAAGUACCGGCUGCCACUUUCUCGUUUUUUGAAACUACGAUCUUCAGCUGGCAUCGACUGCACCACCAAGUUCGAAAAUGCACCAAAAGAAAAGGGAAAAGGCAAGAAAAUCGUGAAAAAAAAUCAAAGCGAUGACACCACAUACAUGCAGACUUUCAUGGAAAUGUACAUGAAAAGCAAGAGGAAUAGUGACGCGAAAACUCCGGGGGAAGAUUUUAAUAACAACGAAGAAACAUAUUCAAGCGACAAGAAAAAAGACGUUUGCAACAAUAGCAAAAUUGUUAUUCACGGGAACGUAACUAUUUUUGAUAAGAAUGAUAGCGAUGAUGAAGAAACGAAAAGAAAAAGAAUUGUUAGUACUGGAAAAAACGCCAAGUGUGAUGGUAGCGUCCAGUGCUCACUGUCCGCUUUGACUGCGUCGAUUCCGCAAGACGGAUUUUUUGCGUCAAAGGCAGAACUGGAUCGGAGUACUGUUAUCGGGUCGCAGUUUUUUAAACAACAAUGCAGCUCAAAGCGCGACGACGGCGUAAAACGCUCACCCUUGAAACAAGUACUUCUUCCUUCUGAUGUACAACUCGACCGGUCUAUUAAAAAACAAUUUGCUUUCACACCAAAGAAAUUCUCUCAUUGUAAAAGCUCACUUGGCGAGAGUUGCGCUAACUCCACACUAAGUCCAAGUUUCGAAAAUAAACCCAAAACCCAGAAGAUAACUUGGAGGUCGCCUUUGACGUACUCCCCAGCGGUAAAAUUUUCACCCAAACUCCCUUACAACCGACUAACCAUGAGUUCAACCGAAAGCGACGACCACCCAUCGUCGUUACACUCGACCCCACUAAACCCAGAAAUUUCUAAAAUUCUGAACAAAACAUCAAGCUCCACCUCGGAAACUCCAUCACACUCAAAAACGUUUUUUCCUUUGAGCGACAAAGCGUACGAAGAUUCGUCGUUAGAAGAGAAAGCAGACCGAACGGAAGAAGUUUUGGAAAAAGUUGGUGAUUUCGUGUCGACCCAGUUCCUCGAAAGUUAUGGCCUCAUUUCACCCUCGACUAAAACUAACACCCAGAUAAAAAGUCCGAACGAAUAUUACCACCACCUCUUAACACAAACCCAGUCGAAAGAAAAAAUGAAAGAAGUAAAAAAAGAAUUCGACAAUAACGAAAAGAAAAGGAAAAGAUGUGCGAAUUCUGAGAGUAGUGACGCCGGUAAACGACAAGAAACGGAUAAAAAACGGGUGGAUAGUAGAGAAAAAACUGACGCAACUCAAAGUCCAUACUUCUCUCAUUCUAGUAAGUCCGAAGCUAAAUCAACGAGUUCUCAGGAUGGUCCGACCAAAAAGGUUCACAUCAAGAAGCUGAUCAAACCUUCAAAGAGUCAAGGACACAGUUCUGACAGGCUAAUGCCAAGUUAUUCGAAAUAUCAGAAGGAAUUAAACCGGGAAGAACCAGCAGUGGUUCCUGAACGAACGUCGUUCGGGAGUUACUCUGCAUCCAGAGGACACUCUUUCGGUGACGAAAAAGAUGAUCCUUUUAAUGAUUCUAAACAAUCAGCGUUGAUGCAACUCGCGUUACCUCCGCAAUCUUUGCAGGAAGAUACUCGUAGCAGAAGGAACUCGAGUAAAACGGAUAGUCACAAUUUCGACGAUUAUGACGAUGACGAAUUCUUCUACGAUAUGGACGAUGAUGAUUUAUAUGACACUCUGACGUAUAUGGAUGAUCGUAGUAGAAGGUCGUUCGCUACGGUUAACCCCAUUUUCAAGCAAUAUGACGAUAUUUCUGCCGAUGAUGACUUGUCCGAUGGUAAUGGUAGAAGUAUGCCGGAGUACAGAAACUCGAGAACCAGCGUUGGGGAUGACAAUUUGUAUAGAAGUAGACCUCACUUUGUUGAAUAUGACACCCACAGAUCGAAUUACUUUCACCCAAUAGACAUAAAUGCACCUAGUACUUCACACUACCAUCCAAGAUAUGAAAAUCAUGAUCAUCAAUAUCAUAAAAAACCUGAAACUAUAACGAAUCCGAAUUACGAAAGUGAUCGCAGCGACCGACGUCGGGUUUCAUUUAGAUCCGAUGGGUAUUCCAACAAUUCGCUGACUCCCUACGGACGACAAUCGUUUCGUCCACCUUAUUAUUCGUUUUUGCCGCACGAGGAAACAUCGGACUUUCAUCAGAAUAAAGUCAGCGAAGAAGGCUAUCGAUAUAUAAGACAAAUGAUGGAAAAGGAGAACGAGCCUCCUCCAUACCAAGACAGGAAUGCUAAUUAUCACCACGCCCCCCAAAGCAUAUCGAGCGCUUUGGUGGAAGGUUCUUUAAACCCAAAUCUUCCAAGCUCCUCUAGUAGAGAUUUUGUUGAAGAGAGUCGUUUCGAUUUUGAAGGGUCCAGAAGGGAGCGCGCGCGUACGCCUUUCCAAGAACGACAGGAAGCAGCCCGUCCGGAGUAUCACACCCCUCGAAGCAGACCACCCCUUUUGGUACAACCUCCUUCAAGUCCAAGUUUUUCUAAUAGAAAUUUCGUUGACGAUGGUCAUUUUGAAAGGUCCAGUAGAGGCCACUUGUCGACACCUUUCCUAGAACAACUGGGACUCUAUCGAGACCAUUCUACCAGGGAUGCGGAGACGCCACGAAAUACCCCCCGAACCCGACCACGAGUUUUGACAGAACGUUCUAUAAACCUAAAUCCAGGUCCUUCUAAUAGAAAUUUCGUUGACGAUGAUCGCUUUGAUUUUGAAAGAAGACAGUUGCGUACACCUUUCCAAGAACAAGUGGAACCUUAUCCAGAGUAUUAUGGCCUGGAAGGAGACUUACCCCAAAGGCCACAAAUGCCGUUUUAUCGUGGAGAAACUUCUCCACCGUCCCGCUCGAGUGAUAGGUCCUACGUCAUGCAAAAAUUUUUCAAACAUUUGAAAUAGAAAUAAGUCACGCUAGGUU